AUGAAGAAGCCUACUUUGUCUUUCAUCAUUCUCACCGUUACCGUCUUGACCGCAGCUUCAGCAGCCGAUGAUGUAUCCAGCCAAGUCCUAGACAUAGCAGGGCAUCCGGUUCAGUCCAAUGUCCAAUACUACAUCAUACCGGCUAAAACCGGAACCGGAGGUGGUCUUAUCCCUUCGAGCCGGAACUCAAAAACAGAUGACUUGUGUCUCAAUCUAGACAUUGUCCAGUCAUCGUCUCCUUUCGUCCCUGGCCUUCCCGUGACUUUCUCUCCACUCAACACCAAAACAAAGCUCGUCCAGCUCUCAACUAGUCUCAGCCUCGAGUUUGAUUACACGGUUUGGUUAUGCCCUGAAUCCAAAGUGUGGAGAAUCGACCAUUCUGUGCAAUUGAGGAAGAGCUUUGUAAGCAUUGGUGGCGAGAAAGGAAAAGGGAAUAGCUUGUUUCAGAUUCAUAAAGAUCAUGGAGAUGCUUACAAGCUUAUGUAUUGUCCGAUUAACUCCACUUCAUCGUGUAUCAAUGUGGGUUUGGAGAUAGAUGAUGGUCUUGGUGUUCGAAGAUUGGUUCUUAGCAGUGAUGGAUCUUUUGUUGUUAAGUUUCAAAAGGCUUAUGAUGAUUCAAACAACAAAUCUCAUCCUAAGUCUAACUCGUGGAUGUUGUUCCCUUUUUCCUAA